GCAAUUAAGUUACUCAAGACGACUGUUGUUUGUCUUGCAGGCACCAGCCAGCUGAAACACAUGCUCCUGAGGGAGGUGGACACCAUCUUCGAGUGUAAACUGUGCCGCAGUCUGUUCAGGGGCUUGCCGAACCUCAUCACACACAAGGAGUACUACUGCCUAUCCCGGCUGCCUGAACCCGACGGUUCAUCAGGAGACGACAGGCAGAGUGUAGCCAUGAAGGAUUUGUUAGACGCCAUUUAUCCCCGAGCCGACCGGCCGGACUACGUGAUGCGACUGGAGCCAAUUCAGACCACGAACAAGGCGGUGUUCCAGUACAUCACCACAGAGGAGGAGCUGGCCAGAUACCCUUCACACACACCCAGUGCCAGAGAGAGUCCUGUAGCCUGGGAAGGAGAACCAGUGGAGGGUGUGGACAACAACCAGGCGAGCCAGCCAGGCGGACCAGAGAGCCACAGCAGCCCAGGACCCAACCAGGGACAGAGGAGGUGGGAGCCCGAGGAGGAGGCUAAAGAGGAGCAGCCACCGCCUGAAGACGAGGGGUCCAACAGCGGGGUUGAGGACGUGACAAUCUCAUGUUGUCUUUGCGGCCAAGACUUCAACUCGCGUCGCAGCAUCAGGCGUCACUGUCGCAAAAUGCACCAGACAAAACUGGAGGAGCUCAGAAAGUUCACAGAGACACGCACAGUUCCAACAAGCCUGCUCUCUAUGGUGAAAGGUCGCCCGAGGACUCUCAGCACACCGACCGGAAAAUCCUGCCCAGUGUGCCUCAAAACCUUCGCCACCAAAGCCAACGUACGCCGCCACUUCGACGAGGUGCAUCGCGGUCUGCGGAGGGACGCCAUCACGCCCAGCAUCGCCUCGCGACCCGGCCAGCCCUUCACGCUGGAAGUCACGCCUCCCAGGAAGAGCAACAACGCGUCUCCAACACGAGCCCAAAGCUCCAAGUCCACCCCCGUGAACUCUAAAACACCUCCUUCAAACCAAAACCAAGCCAAACCUCAGACUCAGCCCCCGGCCACUCCACCGACGAACUCCACCUCAUGCCGCUGCACACUCUGCAAGAGGAACUACAGCUCUCAGCUCAUGUUGAAGAGACACAUGCGUAUCGUCCACAAGAUAUACAGCAUCAAAAGUAACAGGUCUGCACCCACGCCGACCCCGACUACUGCAGCAGCCACCACCAAUAACAAUAACAGCACCGUGGCUCCCAGCAACAAUGUGAGAGUGAAGGAGGAAGCAGUGGAGCCCUCAGACGAGGAGGAGGAGGAGGAGGAGGAGGAGGAAGACAUUGACAGUAGUCCAGCCCCGUCUCCGUCUCCUAGCGACAGCACUGGGGCAGCUAAAGGAGUUUCUGUGGUCCAAAAUGCCAUGAAGGUGAAGGAAGAGGAGCCGCCGUCAGGCCCAAAGAUGGCGCCAUCCUUGCCGCCGCCGCCGCCGCCGCCAUCGUCUUCAUCGUCCUCCCGCGGCAGCAACGUGUGCAGCGGUGGCGUAGCCGCCAAAAUGACCAAACUGUCAGUGGGCUUUGACUUCAAGCAGCUCUUCUGCAAACUGUGCAAGCGACAGUUCAGCUCGCGUCAGAACUUAACGAAGCACAUUGAGCUGCACACGGACGGCAACGACAUCUUCAUCAAGUUCUACCGCUGCCCUCUCUGCCGCUACGAGUCUCGCCGCAAACGCGACGUCCUGCGCCACGUGACUGUCGUGCACAAGAAGUCGUCCGCCUACUUGGCCAAGAUCAUGCCCAAGCUAGAGAGCAGAGCGGUGAAGAGGCUCGCGGAGGUCGUCCUCAACAGCACAAACAAGAGGACGAGCGGCAGCAGCAGCAGCAGCAGCGUCAAAGAGGAAGUGAACGGACGCCACGCCUCUUCCUCGCCCUCCUCCUCUCCCUCGCCUCCCGUCACCCGCAAGCAGGAGUGCUCCACAACUGCUUCGACCGCCUCUUCGGCCUCCUCCUCGUCCUCGUCCUCCUCGUCCUCCACCUCCGUCCCUCCUCCUGCCCCCGUGACCCGGAAACAGCAGGAAGUCUCAUCGCCAGUCUUCACGCCAUCGCCUCCCAUCACCCGUAAGCAGGAGAGACAGCAGACCCACCAGCACCGGCCCGUCAGUCCGCCGCUCCCCCGCCGCAGCGAAAAACACUCCCAUCAGCGAAGCUCUUCCUCGUCCGCCGCUCCCUCCGGCAGCCAGACGCCACACACCCGGCGGCACGACACCCAAUCAGAGAGCAGCACAGCCACAUCCUCCACUGAAGUCAGGGUGACCAAGAAUUUCUCCCUUCACGCCUGUGACCAGUGUGGACGGGCCUUUGCCAAGAAGCUGUACCUGGAGUCUCACAAGCGAAGCCACCGCAACGCAGCGACGGCGGCAGCCAGCAGGAGGAAAGGAGUCAGCACUCGCUCCAAAUCCCUGGUCUGGUGAAACACAUUGUAAGAACACAAGAGAGUUUACCUGCAGUACAAAGACUCUCCCUCUUCGUUCGCGCCUGUUCCUCAUCCCCUCCGUUUGUUUGUUUUCUCUCUCCACUGCCGCUGUGUAUUCACAAACCACAAAGACAAGCUGCCGUGUGGUGUGCACUUGAGCAAAUUUGCGAAGCUCUGUGAUUUCAGUUUCUUUUUUUGCCAAGAGGGGAGUUUGUGUUUGUUUGCGUAGCAGACCACUCCCCAGGCGGCGAUGAGAAACCACCGUCAUAUUCUCCUGCCUUUAAUUGACCGCUCGGCACAUUUACCAGCUGUUUCCUGAAUCCCCCUCCUCUCGCUUAUUCCUCCCUGCUCAUUAGAAAUCCUCUCUUUUUGUUUAACUGUUGUUAUUUUUCUGCCUCUUCUUAACUCUUUCUUACGUCUCUCUUGAUCCUUUUGUCUCACAUAUUGUGUCCUUUUGUUCGCCUUGCCACCUCUCCCCUUCCCCUCUCCUCUCAGGCCGCUGGGGAUAAACGACGAGCGAGCCGCUAACAAUGACAAAGCAAAUCGAAACGUUCAACUGGAAAAAAAAAUAAUGGAGGAACGGACGGAGCAAGCGCAGGGACGAGAUGACGGGAAAAUGAAGGAAACAAACAAAAAAGGAACAAUGGAUCCCGAUAGAGGAGUGAAGUACAAAGGAUUUUAUUUUCCACCUUUUCGCUUAAGAGCCAAAAAUAUCGUCGUGACAUUCUUGUAUAGUUCCAUGAUGAAGCCAGCCAGCCCGCCGGGUUGUGGCGCUGCUAUCCACACGGAGACUGUAGUGACAGAAGAGGAUUCACUACUGCUGUAUAUAUCUGUAUUUACUUCUGUGAAUAUGGAUGCAUAUGCAGAUGACGGAGUCGUACUGCUUUUGGUGAACCGCCUUUAGCAAAGAGGGUGAAGGUAGUGUGUGAAAGUCUAAGAGUGUGUGUGUGUGUGUGUGAAUGAGAGAAUGUGGACCGGACAGUAAACAGAGAAAAGCAGAAUUUGACCCUUGCAAUCCCACACAGAUACACAAAAACGUGUCCGGGGCCCUCAGCUAUUACAGAAGCAUCUCAAAUCAGUUUGUUUUUAACUCACAUGUAUGUUCACACUUUAAAUUCUGCAAACAUACAAACGACUGUAGACAACCAGUUGCGUGAAAAUGCAUUUUCAUCUCCUUCACCGUCACUUCCACGGCGAUUGGACCACUGUUGUGCCCUGCUGGCUGAACGUUUCCACUCGUAAUCCUUCACAAGGCUCGAUUCUUGCUUUAGAAUUGAAAAUCAACUUUUUUUUCACGUGUGAAUGUCGCCUGUUGAUACGGAAAAGCAAACAGAGUCCCACUUACGUUCGUUCAGCGUUUGAGUUUCCCAUUAGAGGUUUAGGUGAAUUAUAGGGUCAAAAAGAAGGCAAAUACCUGUUGUUAUUUUGCAAUUCUCUUCUUGUAUUACCACUUUUAUCAAUUUACAGUAGCGGAUUUCUCACAUUUCCGCCUUCUCUGCUCAGAAUGAUUGCAACGGGCGUUUCCUUUAUCUUCACAAUCCCCCCUUUUCACCUCCAUACAGACGCUUAUCCUCCUCAAUAACAUCCUGGUUGUAAGAGAACCAUAAGAACCAUCAUCCAAAUGCCAGUUACGAUGAUGUGAAGCUAACUUAUUGUGAUAGUGUUCUAAUAGAACACUUUAACAAAUGCUUCAUGCUAAUAGAUAAAAAGGAAAAACAUCAGCUUUGCAUUAAGAAGAUAACAGCUCAGCGGGGUUGUUAACUCGAAGGUGUUCUGCCAAAGGCGCCUCAUUCAAACCAUCAAAUUAACACUAUUAUUACCCCCUAUAUGGUAGAUUACUUGUGUUAAUGUAUGAGAAUCAAAUUUCGAGUGAGAAGGAGAGACUGAACUGCACAUAACGUGAGGUGAAAUGUGCGUUUCAAUGGAGGUGGCAGCAGGGCAUCGUUGGUGUUACAGCAACAGCCACUCUGCCUUAGAGAACAUUCACUGGAUGACUUUAUUUUGUGACCAUCUCAUUAGUUACUGUACAUGUGCUAUACUUAUUGCUGUGAUUCUUUGGGCCACUUCAGAAAUCAGCUUUAGUGCCUAAGCAGCAGGUGUAACAGCAGUUUGGGAAUCCACUGUUGGGAGACGAUAACGUGGAAAAACGAAAGCUGAAAAGCAAAACUGUUCGUUCUAAACGUUCUAAAAGUUUACAUUAAACUUUUCGUUUAGUUAACAAAAAAAAAAAAAACGUAGGAGCUUACUCAGAUUAACUUUGUGAACUUUACUUUCCAUUCUUACCUGUAUGUAUUACCCAUUUUUGGACUAAACGCUGCAUCAGUUCCAUUCAAAACAUGCUUUCGUGUAAACUUAAAAGGGGGAUGGUGUGUAUUUGUUUGCUCCUGAAGGUAGUCUUCGAAACACUGGCACAUGUAAGAGUUGUAAGGACUGAGGAAGACCAAAUGUAGAUAUGUCUUAAUGUUCAAACAGAAAGCCAUGAAAUGGAACAAAACCAGACAAAAAAAGGAAAGACCAAACUUUAUUUUUAUAACUGAAAAACGCUAGUGCAGCAAGGUCUUGACAACAUGUAUAUAUGGAUUCAUCCUGCACGGAUGGUAUAAAUAAUAGUUAUAUUAGUCAGGAUAGUUAUUGACUUGUGUUGGUUCACCAUAUGCUUCGAACAUGUCAGACUAGUUACAGCUCUGUCACUGUUUAAUACUGAGGCAAGUUUUGCGUUGUUUCACAAUUAGUUGUCUUAUUUUUGUAUCUUAUUCCAUUUGAAGGAGGACAUGUUUUUGUUGAAAUGUGUCCAGAGGAGUGCUGGAGAGCAGGAAUCAAACCUCAAGAGACUUUUUUGUUUUGUUUUGUUUGCUAAUCUUGCCAUUUCUUUUGUCAUCAGUUGUAAUAUGUUAUUAAGCUCACCUUCUAGAGAACUUGAGAAGAGUUAGAGAAGCCUUUCAGAUGUGACAAGAAUGUUAAAAACCAACCACUUAAUAAAUAAAAAUGUACUGCUUCAAACCUCA